AUGAAAUCUCCUACAAACUAUAUCCUUACAGCUCUAGCAACGGCGGAUGUUAUUGUUAUGCUAGAAUAUAUGCCCUUUUCAUAUCUUCAAGAUAAAGGCACAUAUUAUUACUACACUUACAAUUUUGCAUCGUUUCUAAUUUUCCAUGCAGUUUUCACUAACGCCUUUCAUUUCAUAUCAUGCAGCUUAGCAAUUAUUUUAGCUAUUUGGAGGUAUAUCGCAGUGAAAUUUCCCCAAAAUAAUCAGGACUGGUGCGAUGAAUCACGAACUAAAUACACUGUUGUGUUCACUUAUUUGUUUUGCGCUUGUGUUUGUACUCCGCUUCUAACGUCCAUGAAAAUUAACGAACAGGAAGCGUUUCAAUUGUCUGACGGAACAAUUGUGCUGAAUAAAACUUUAAUUAGGAAUAUGGAUAAUAUUACGAAUUUUACUAUUUACUUCACCAACUAUCGAAACACUAUAUUCCGUGAUAUAGGUUUCUAUGUUUACGGAAUUGUUUUGAAACUUAUUCCAUGUAUCCUUCUAGUAGUGCUUUCUACGUUCUUAGUAAUAGAACUGUUCAAAACUAAACAAAGACGGAAGGCGUUACAUGCUGACGGCAGCGUAUCGAAAUUGUUGAAGAAAAAAUUGAAUCAGAAGCAGGCAGAUAAGGUGAAACAGUUUCACAGGACGACAAAGAUGUUGCUGGCAGUGUUGCUAUUGUUUUUGAUGGCUGAGUUUCCGCAAGCGAUGAUGGGACUGUUGGUUCCUAUAUUGGGAGAGAAAUUUAGCGAAGAAUGCUAUGGACCUUUGGGUAAGUGA